AUACCCCACCCAUCCCCUUCUCCUCUCUUCCUCCUUCACUCUCUCUCUAAAACAUGCCCCGAAGUUCUAGAGAGAGAGGCAAUUUCCCAUGAAAUAAAGCAUAAUCCGAGAAAAUAACAAGAGGGAAGAAAAAAAAAAGGAUUGCAUUUUUCUCGGUAUCCAAACAGAAAAUAGCUUUCCUCUUUAAACCAUGUCUCACUUCGUGUUCCACACAGCUCAAAUACCCACUAAUACUACAAGCGCCGCCAAGACCUUGCCGUUAAAGCCUAGUCUUCCUCCGCUUCCUCAAUUGUGCCCCCGGAAGCAGCUGCCGGCUGCCCAGCGGGUGAACUGUAAGCUACGGAGGAAUCUUGUCAUUAGGUGCUUGUCUCCUUCUUUAAUCGACGGUGGCGAUUCCGUUGCAGCUUUGGAGCGGUGCUUUCUGGCGCCGGAUGCUGCACCGGUGGAUUUAGGCUCGGCGUCGAGUUCGAGGGGGGAGUUUGGACCGGUUAUGAAGGGGAAAUAUGGUGCGUUUGGUGCGGUUACUUUGGAGAAAGGGAAACUCGAUUUGUCGCAGAAGGAGUCGAAAGUUAGCCCUGAGGUUGCACUUGGGGGAGGUGGUGGAGAUAUUGGGAAGAAAAUCAAUCAUGGUGGUGGUGAUGGAGGUGAUGAUGAUGGUGAUGAUGACAAUUAUUUUGAUGACUUUGAUGAUGGUGAUGAGGGAGAUGAGGGUGGACUAUUCAGGAGAAGGAAAUUUCUUGAAGAGCUUUUUGAUCGAAAAUUUGUAGAUGCUGUUUUGAAUGAAUGGCAGAAAACAAUGAUGGAUUUGCCUGCUGGAUUCCGACAAGCUUAUGAGAUGGGUUUGGUGAGCUCAGCUCAAAUGGUGAAAUUACUAGCAAUAAAUGCCAGACCAACCACUACUAGGAUGAUCUCCAGAGCACUUCCUCAAGCAUUUUCUAGGGCAUUUAUUGGAAGGAUGCUAGCAGAUCCUGCCUUUUUAUAUAGGCUUCUUUUAGAGCAGGCUGCUACAAUUGGUUGCUCUGUUUGGUGGGAGGUGAAAAAUCGCAAGGAUAGGAUAAAACAGGAAUGGGAUCUGGCACUUGUAAAUGUGCUCACAGCAACAGCUUGCAAUGCCAUUGUUGUUUGGACACUUGCUCCUUGCCGCUCGUAUGGAAACACAUUCCGGUUUGAUUUGCAAAAUACAUUACAGAAGCUUCCAAACAAUAUAUUUGAAAAGAGUUAUCCACUUAGAGAGUUUUACUUGCAAAAGAGAGUCCACUCAUUCUUCUAUAAGGCUGCUGAGCUAUGUGUGGUUGGAUUAAGUGCAGGGGCAAUUCAAGGUCAAUUGUCAAAUUUUUUGGCCAGUAAAAAGAAAGAUAGAUUGUCUGUGACAGUUCCACCUAUGAGUAACUAUGCACGUGGCUAUGGUGCUUUCCUUGGACUAUAUGCAAACUUGAGAUACCAGCUAUUAUGUGGAUUUGAUAGAGCAGUGGUCAACCAUUUUGAUGUUAUUGGAGUGGCACUAUUUUUCAACACAGCUUUAAGGAUUUUGAAUGUGCAAGUUGGAGAGACGUCAAGGCUGGCCUGGAUUGGCGCAGACGCUGAUCCUCUGGUUCAGUUGGAUAACCUUUUGAAGGCUUACAACAGACCUUCUGAGGAUGUCGCUACAACAUCAUCUUCAAAAUGGUUUAUAUCGAAGAAAACCCUUGUUUCUGGGCUAGGGCUUCUUGGCAUCAAACAAGGGAAUGUCGAUUCUGUUGAUGUAGAAGCAUCAUCAGCUCCAAAGGCCCGGAGAAAAAGGGUUGUCCGGAAGAAGGUGUCUGCAAGUUCAGCAUAAUUCAUUUGAUGUAAUCACCAUCAUCCAAGUUUGCUACCCUCUUAAAUGAUAUAAAAGGAAACUAUGCAUCAAUUUAAGGAUUAAAAUCGGCUCGGAGUAAUUCAUCAUGAUUCCUAUGUAGAUCUACAAGAUGGCACCAAAGCAACCAUCACCAGAAGAAUUUUUUGGGGGAAAAACAUGUUUAAUUUUUGUAUUCACUUGUUUUUUUUUGAGUUUAAUAACAGUAUCUUUAGUUGAAUCUCAACACUGAUAUUGACUGCAUUUAGUGCAAGUUUGAGCUAACACUUGUUUUUUUAGCAUUAGUUAAAUAAUUUCUUCUACAACGUGUGUAGUUUGUAGUUUGUAGUGCUGUACUCUUCUUCCUUGGAGAAAUGCAAAAGCCCUUGUUUUA